GCACAUCGGAUCGAUUUCCAGCGGAGAUUGGGCCAAGCCAUGCCGUGGCGACGAGUCGAAAAAACCAGGGCGGCUGCGGAGGGGAAAACCUCCAAGCCGCCAGCACCACGGACGGUAGCGAUCAUCGGUGGUGGCGUAGCCGGCCUUGCCUGUGCCAGACGUUUGCGGUCUUUGGGCGUCAAAGCCACGGUCUUCGACACCGGGAAACGCGAACCUGGGGGUCGAGCCUCGUCCCGGCUAUGGUGUGGCCAGGUGGUCGACCACGCCAGCCAAUUCGUGACCUGUCUGGAUCCCGAGCUCUCCGAAGUCCUCGCCUCCUCCGGGGCGGCGCGGCGCUUCGGCACCGAUGGCCGCUUCGGGCGCCUUUCGACGGAGGGCUUCAGCGCCAUCGACGACCAGUUGGAACGGUGGGUUGGGAUCCAGGGCAUGGCCGGAAUCGUGAAGGCCUUGGCACAGGGACUCGAAGUUCAUCAGGAUGUUUGGGUUCCACCCUCCAACGGCUUACAAGCCGCCGGCGGCAGCUGGAAUGUGGUGGUGCCCCGAGAUCAGAGCUACAACUUCGAUGCAGCUGUCAUCGCCCACAACGGCAAGUGCGCGGAACGGCUCACCUCUUCAACACCCGCCAAGGAGGUUCACGCCCUGCUUCGCACGAACUUUGCUGCUACUCUGCCCAGAAAUCCCGCGCCCGGAAGUGGCCGCUUCACUUUGAAUCAAAUCUACUCCCUGAUCUUCGAGGUGCCCAAAGGUGUGAUGCCCGAAAGCUUCGAUGCAGCCUUCGUGGAGAAUGAAGCUACUUUGCGAUGGCUAUCCUCGAACACGGGGAAACUGCAACAGAAAGCCGAACACGAGGUUUGGACGGCCUUGAGUUCUCCAGCCUUUGGAAAGCAGCACAAGGCGCCACAGGAAUUCUUGGAAGGCACUGCCAAAGAAGCGGAGGUGGUAGAUCUGAUGCUGGCUGCAGUGGAGAAAGCCGUGGCCUUGCCUGCCGGGACUUUGGGUGGAGCAACUGGGGCUGUGAGACACACGAAAUUGCAGCUCUGGGGAGCGGCUUUACCAAUCAGUCGAUGGGCGAGCAGUGAUGCUGUUGACUUCGUUUGGUCUGCGGCCCAUCGCAUUGGCAUUGCAGGCGACUGGUUGAGUUCCGUGCCCGAACGCGCAUCCACCAUCGAAGCAGCCUGGAUCUCUGGAGUUCGACUGGCAGAUCAUAUCGCUGGGCAUUCUUCAGAUGAUGCGGGCUUGCAAUUAGGCGAAUCGGGCGGCGUCUUCGUCCCGGUGAACGCGGACUUUGGCAGCAGCGGCAGCGAAGCAGUUGCCUGGGUGGACCCGGAAAGUCCCAAAGGCAAAGGCAAAGGACGAAAGGGCAAGUGGAAGGGUCGAAGCAACAGCCGUGGGCGUGGAUGACAGCGCUGCUUUUCGAAAUAUUCGAAGGACCUGUACAUAGUUCUCCCAGUAUGGAAAGAUAUGCCGUUUGCAAA